UUCUUUCUAGCCUUUUUCAGUACUUGAAAGUAUUAUUAAUAUUUAAUUAUAUAAAAAUCACAUAAGCUUUUUGGGGGCAAGAAUGUUCUUAUUUACUAGAGUAUCCUCAGUGCCUAGAACAGUGGCGAGUACAUAGUAUUUGUUUAAUAAAAGCUUGUUGGUUAUGUAUCAGUGCUUUUGUGUCCCUCUACAUCCUUAAAUGUUCUUUAUUUGGAAAGUUUGGGAAAUGGAAUCCAGCUUCUACUCAGAUUUAAAUAACUAGGUUCUUAAAUCUAAUGCCUUCUUUUGAUUGGCUAAGAAAUGUGAUUGGCAUGGUAGAGUGGCAUCUGGGCCUUUUAGCAUAAGAACUCUGCAUUUAAUAAUUUGACUUCUUUUCUUGAAGCCUUGAGGGAAAUUUUUUCUUUCCCUAUUUUAGUCUGCCAAGAACCUGACCUGGGCUGACUCUUCAGAUUGGAAAACACUGAACACAGUAUCUACUGAGCCAAGCAAGGACUGGGAGUGUAGCUCUGAUAGUAUCUGAAGGAAAAGCCUGAAUUCAAAUCCUCCUUUGGCUCCUGACUCAUCUGUGAAUCUAGAUGAAUUUCUUAACCUCUUCCAGGUUUUGUUUUUCUUAUUUGUCUGAUGAGUAAUCACAUCUGUCCUAGGACUUGUGAAGAUUCAUGGGUUUUAGUUCUCAAAGCUUUUUUUUUUUUUUUUUUUUUUUAAACAAUAUUCUUGCUGUAGCUCCAGGGGUUUCCAGGAAGAAUUGGGGGCAAUGUGGUGCUCCGGGGAAGGAGUUGAACUCUUCCUCAAAGACUGUGCAGAGAAUAGAAGGAUGCCAUCCUUUCUGAUUUGAAAUCGGCCCUACUGCAGCCUGCUGAUGUUGGUGGAUGAAAGAUUUCCAUGAGGACAACGUACAAGGACCUGUAUGGCCUCAUUUUAGCUGCUUCAGUGUGUUGGAGCUAUUACUUGCUCCUUCAUUUUCUGGGCCUGGUGUGACAGUGGUUACUGAGCACUAUGAAGGUUGUCCCGGAAAAGAAUGCCGUCCGGAUACUCUGGGGGCGAGAACGGGGUGCUCGGGCCAUGGGAGCUCAGCGGCUUCUGCAGGAGCUGGUGGAAGAUAAAACCCGGUGGAUGAAAUGGGAGGGCAAGAGAGUAGAACUGCCGGAUAGUCCACGCUCUACCUUCUUAUUGGCCUUCAGCCCAGACAGGACUCUCUUAGCCUCCACCCAUGUGAAUCAUAAUAUCUAUAUUACGGAGGUGAAGACUGGGAAAUGUGUUCAUUCCCUGAUUGGACACCGCCGUACUCCAUGGUGUGUCACUUUUCACCCCACCAUCUCAGGCCUUAUUGCUUCUGGCUGCCUAGAUGGGGAGGUUAGGAUUUGGGAUUUACACGGUGGCAGUGAAAGCUGGUUCACAGAUAGCAACAAUGCCAUUGCCUCCCUGGCUUUUCACCCUACGGCUCAGCUCCUGCUGAUUGCCACUGCCAAUGAGAUUCACUUCUGGGAUUGGAGUCGACGGGAACCCUUUGCUGUGGUGAAGACAGCUAGUGAGAUGGAACGGGUCCGUCUGGUGAGAUUUGAUCCACUUGGACACUACUUACUCACAGCAAUUGUUAACCCCUCGAAUCAACAGGGUGAUGACGAACCAGAGAUCCCCAUAGAUGGAACAGAAUUAUCCCACUACCGUCAGCGCGCCCUCCUGCAAUCACAGCCAGUUCGCCGGACGCCUCUCCUCCACAAUUUCCUGCACAUGCUGUCCUCCCGCUCUUCUGGCAUCCAGGUGGGAGAGCAAAGCACAGUGCAAGAUUCUGCUACCCCCUCACCCCCACCGCCUCCCCCUCAGCCCUCCACGGAGCGCCCCAGGACUUCCGCUUACAUCAGGCUCCGACAACGGGUCAGUUACCCCACAGCUGAGUGCUGCCAGCACCUUGGGAUCCUGUGCCUUUGCAGCCGCUGCUCUGGCACUCGAGUUCCUUCCCUCUUGCCACACCAGGACAGUGUCCCCCCUGCUUCUGCCAGAGCUACUACCCCUUCCUUUUCUUUUGUACAGACCGAGCCCUUCCAUCCCCCGGAGCAGGCCUCGUCAACGCAGCAGGACCAGGGCCUCCUGAACCGGCCGUCUGCCUUCAGUACAGUCCAGAGCAGCACUGCCGGCAACACGCUCCGCAACCUCAGUCUGGGUCCUACCCGCCGCUCUUUGGGAGGGCCUCUGUCUAGCCACCCUUCUAGGUAUCACCGAGAAAUAGCUCCUGGGCUGACAGGAUCUGAGUGGACCCGGACAGUACUCAGUCUGAACUCCCGCUCUGAGGCGGAAUCCAUGCCCCCGCCCAGGACCAGUGCCUCUUCGGUGAGUUUGCUGUCUGUGCUGAGACAGCAAGAAGGUGGCUCUCAGGCAUCUGUGUACACUUCAGCCACAGAAGGGAGGGGUUUUCCAGCAUCAGGGUUGGCAACUGAGUCAGAUGGAGGGAAUGGCUCCAGCCAAAACAACUCAGGCAGCAUUCGCCAUGAGCUUCAGUGUGACCUGAGACGCUUCUUUUUGGAGUAUGACCGGCUUCAGGAGCUGGAUCAGAGCCUGAGCGGGGAAGCUCCCCAGACCCAACAGGCCCAGGAAAUGCUCAACAAUAACAUUGAAUCUGAGAGGCCAGGCCCUUCCCACCAGCCCACCCCACACAGCAGUGAGAACAACUCCAACCUGUCCCGUGGCCACCUGAAUCGCUGCCGUGCUUGCCACAAUCUCCUGACCUUCAACAACGAUACCCUGCGCUGGGAAAGAACCACACCUAACUACUCCUCUGGCGAGGCUAGCUCCUCCUGGCAGGUCCCCAGCUCCUUUGAGGGUGUGCCAUCGAGUGGCAGCCAGUUGCCACCUCUCGAGCGGACUGAGGGCCAAACGCCCAGCUCCAGCAGGCUGGAGUUGAGCAGCUCUGCUAGUCCGCAGGAGGAGAGGACUGUGGGGGUGGCCUUUAACCAGGAGACAGGCCACUGGGAAAGAAUUUAUACCCAGUCCAGCAGAUCUGGAACUGUGUCACAGGAGGCCUUACAUCAGGAUAUGCCUGAGGAAAGCUCUGAGGAGGAUUCACUCAGGAGGAGGCUGCUGGAAUCUUCCCUCAUUUCAUUAUCCCGUUAUGAUGGAGCAGGAUCCAGAGAGCACCCAAUUUACCCAGACCCAGCGAGAUUAUCUCCUGCUGCAUACUACGCCCAGAGGAUGAUCCAGUAUCUCUCAAGGAGAGACAGUAUUCGCCAGCGCUCCAUGCGCUACCAACAGAACCGUCUCCGUUCUUCCACCUCCUCCUCUUCCUCAGACAACCAGGGUCCAUCUGUAGAGGGAACCGACUUGGAAUUUGAGGACUUUGAGGACAAUGGUGACAGAUCCAGGCACCGAGCUCCACGUAACGCCCGGAUGUCUGCACCGUCGCUUGGACGCUUUGUCCCAAGGCGUUUCUUGCUGCCUGAGUACUUGCCUUAUGCUGGGAUUUUUCAUGAACGUGGACAGCCUGGCUUGGCUACUCACUCUUCUGUUAACAGGGUCCUGGCAGGAGCAGUGAUCGGUGAUGGACAGUCCGCCGUGGCCAGUAACAUUGCCAAUACUACCUACCGGCUCCAGUGGUGGGACUUCACUAAGUUUGACCUCCCAGAAAUCAGUAAUGCCUCCAUGAAUGUGCUGGUGCAGAAUUGCAAGAUCUACAAUGAUGCCAGCUGUGACAUUUCUGCAGAUGGCCAGCUCCUGGCAGCUUUCAUCCCCAGCAGUCAGAGGGGCUUUCCCGAUGAAGGGAUCCUGGCAGUGUACUCCCUGGCCCCCCAUAACCUGGGCGAAAUGCUCUACACCAAGCGAUUUGGUCCUAAUGCCAUUUCGGUGAGCCUGUCCCCAAUGGGCAGAUAUGUAAUGGUGGGCUUGGCCUCACGAAGGAUCCUGCUGCACCCCUCCACAGAGCACAUGGUGGCCCAGGUCUUCAGGCUGCAACAGGCCCAUGGUGGAGAGACCUCCAUGAGGAGAGUUUUCAACGUCCUUUACCCCAUGCCUGCCGACCAGCGGAGACAUGUCAGCAUCAACUCUGCCCGUUGGCUGCCUGAGCCAGGGCUCGGCCUGGCCUAUGGUACUAACAAAGGAGACCUGGUGAUCUGCCGACCAGAGGCCUUAAACUCUGGUGUUGAGUACUACUGGGACCAGCUGAACGAGACGGUCUUCACUGUCCAUUCCAGCAGCAGGAGCAGUGAGCGGCCUGGAACCAGCAGAGCCACAUGGAGGACAGACAGAGAUAUGGGGCUGAUGAACGCCAUUGGGCUGCAGCCCCGGAACCCUACCACCUCAGUGACAUCUCAGGGCACCCAGACUCUGGCCCUUCAGCUGCAGAAUGCUGAAACACAGACUGAGAGGGAGGUGCCGGAGCCAGGGACAGCCGCCUCGGGUCCCGGUGAAGGUGAGGGCUCAGAGUAUGGUGCCAGUGGAGAAGAUGCGCUCAGCAGGAUCCAGAGGCUGAUGGCGGAGGGCGGCAUGACGGCCGUGGUGCAGCGGGAGCAGAGCACCACCAUGGCUUCCAUGGGCGGCUUCGGCAACAACAUCAUUGUCAGCCACCGCAUUCACCGAAGCUCUCAGACAGGCACUGAACCUGGCGUCGCCCGCACCUCCUCACCCCAGCCCUCCACCUCUCGGGGACUGCUUCCAGAGCCCAGGCAACUAGCAGAGCGGGGCCUAAGCCCCCGGACAGCUUCCUGGGACCAGCCUGGUACCCCUGGGCGGGAGCCAACCCAGCCAACCCUGCCCUCUUCCUCCCCUGUCCCUAUUCCUGUUUCCCUUCCCAGCGCUGAGGGACCGACCCUCCACUGCGACUUGACCAAUAACAACCACCUUCCGGAUGGGGGCAGCAGCAGGGGGGACUCUGCAGGCCCCAGGGGAGAACCACGGAACAGGUAGAGAAAGCAUUGCACUGGUGCCUCCCCUCCAACCGCCAAGCAGAAACCAGACCUCACAGCUGACUGGGAACUGGACAUGCGGAAGAGCUGCUGGCUGCGUCAGGGAACAGGAGGAGGGUCGGGGUGGAGAGGAGGUCAGUGGGCAUGAGGCAGUCGAAUGGGCAAGGCCUGCCUCAGGGAAUUAGAACCUUCCAGGAUCUGGAGCCCAGGAGAGCCACACUGUGGGCUUAAUGUGAAUGGAGGAGCAAGUGGGUAUCUCUGCCAGGCACCCCACUUUCUCCUAGUAACAUGGGCUCAGGGGACUCAACCCUGGACAGAGAGCCUCCAGAGUGUGAACAGUCUUCCAGAUCUGGGCCAGUCAUCCUGAGCAGAGGCCCGUGGGGCAGCUUUGCCCUGUCCACCUGUUGGGUGGGCAGGGCCACCAGGAGCCCAGAAACAGGAGGAGUGGCCUGGCCCAGAGAAACCACCUCCAACUCUGAGCCUUCCAGAGCUUCAGCCUCUCUUCGUCGUCUUACCCCACUGAAACCAACAGGGGUCGGGCCAGGCUCCCAGAUUCCUGAGGACAGGGACUUCCGGAAUUUACCAAUAGGGGACUACUGUGGAGUAAGGGGGCGGCCUGCUUGCCUGAUACAGGAUGGAGUCAAGGGACAGUGGGCAGGUCCUCACUCAGGAGUCGGGGGUGUAGGCUGGCCGGCCCCCAGGGCUUGUCCACCAGUCUCCUCCUCCCCCCAAGACCCUCAGAGCAGCGCCUGUGGGUAUCAGUAUUACCUGAGCCUAGGCCAAAGCUAGCCCAAGGCUGGGGGAGGGGAGGAGACGCCAGGUCAGAAUGUGAGGUCUCAGUCUGUGACUUACGGUGUUGCAUGUGGACUCUUAACUGUACGUGUAGUUUCUAGUGGCGAAAUCAAGGCUCUGAUCAUUUUGUUUUUAGUAUGAAAAUGUGAUUUUCUUUCUGUCUGUAACUCAUCAUAGAAGCAUUGUGUUGGGAGAAGAGGGGAUGGUCUACAGCUAAUGAGGGAAACACCAAAGAUCACAUCAUUAAAAUGAUGACAUGCCCCUCA